CCUUAUAAGUUGGACGAUCCGGAUUCACCGGACCUUAAAUGUAGAGCUGCAACGAACCAUGACUGGUUCAUCACGCUCACGGACCUGGAAACCUUCCUGUUUGUUAUAAAGCUCUUCAUAUUCCCAACAUCUCAAGACUCUAUUCCCCAAAAUGCAUUUCCUUGUAUCAAAAUCCAUCCAUUUACUUCUAUUUUCAUCCCUACUACUUCUUUCUCAAGAUCCCAUCUCAGCCGAAGAUCCGACCUUCGUAGUCUGUCCACCGGAAACUUCAAAUUACACUUUGGGGAGCCAAUUUGAAACCAAUCUCAACCGUCUACUGCCUUUGUUAUCUCCAAAUGGGUCCAUCAAUCUCACCGGCUACUACAACUACACCUCCGGCAAAGACACCAACAUAGUCUACGGCUACUCUCAAUGCAUGUCUGGUGCAACUGAAGAAGAUUGCAAAGAAUGCCUCAAGAAUUCAACAAAAGAGAUCAUCAGGCGGUGUUCCAACAGAAUGGAAGCUGUCAUCCGAUACUACAGGUGCAUCUUACGUUACUCCAACCGUCCAUUCUUCUCCGUAGACGACACUACCAUUAGGAUAGAGCUUAUCUUACUUCAGGAUGCUGAAAACGCAACCAUUUAUAAUAAUAAAUUAGGAAUUAUGAUGAAACGUCUGGCAUCUGAGGCCGGUUCAAAGCUUUCCAAAUUCACAACUGGAGACACAGAUCUGAAUGACUUCCAAAAAAUAUAUGGUCUGGCCCAGUGCACUAGAGACUUAUCAGCUGGUGAUUGCACGGCAUGUUUGGAAGGGAUGAUCAGCAGGAUUCCGAUAUGUUGUGAGAAUAAAAAAGGAGGGAAUGUCUAUAGUGUGAGUUGUAACAUAAGGUAUGAUCCAUAUCUUUUCUUUGAUAAUUCUCCACCGCCACCUCUUCCACUGCCGAUGUCUCCGCCACCGCCAAUUGCAGUUCCUCCACCUCCUUCGCAGCCUUCGGGCGAAAGGGAUGGAAGUAAGAAGAACGAAUCCAGAACGGUUAUUUUAAUCGUUGUCUCUGUUGUAAUUCCAUUAGUUAUAAUCAGCACCAUCUGCACUUGUUUAUGGACUAGGAGCAAGGCAAUCAGAAGAAAGCCAGAUAUGCGAGAUGACGUGAGUGAAGAUGAGAUUACAAGCAUGGGGUCAUUAACAUUUGAUUUGGUUACACUAAGAACUGCCACAAAUAACUUCUCUGAUGAAAAUAAACUCGGCAAAGGGGGCUUUGGGUCCGUUUACAAGGGAAAAUUAUCCGAUGGAAUGGAAAUAGCAGUGAAAAGGCUUUCAAGAAGGUCGAGGCAAGGGAUUGGAGAGCUGCGAAAUGAGGUGGAAUUGGUUAAGAAACUUCAGCACAGAAACCUUGUAAGGCUGUUUGGUUGCUGCUUAGAAGCGAAGGAGAUGAUUCUCAUCUAUGAAUACGUUCCAAACAAAAGCCUCGAUACAUUUCUUUUUGAUCCAAUCAGACGUUUACUACUGAACUGGGACAAACGGCUCGAAAUCAUCAAAGGAAUCGCUCGAGGACUUCUCUAUCUCCACGAAGAUUCCCGACUCCGGAUUAUUCAUAGGGAUUUGAAAGCCAGCAAUAUCUUGUUGGAUGCAGACAUGAAGCCUAAAAUUUCAGAUUUUGGAAUGGCUAGGCUUUUUGGCGGUGACCAAACACAAGGCAAUACGGAACGGAUUGCAGGAACAUAUGGAUACAUGGCCCCAGAGUAUGCUAUCAGGGGGAAAUUUUCGACAAAGUCAGAUGUCUUUAGUUUUGGUAUUUUAGUUCUAGAGAUUAUAACCGGUAAACAGAAUGCUGGUUUCGGAGACUCCCAACAUUCUUCAAACCUUCUAGAUCAUAUAUGGAAGCAUUGGACUGAAGGUAAAAUGUUAGAGCUGAUGGAUCGAACUCUUGAUCGGUGCCCAACACAGGAAGUGUUGAGAUGCAUUCAUAUGGGAUUGCUAUGCGUUCAAGAAGAUGCCAUCGAAAGGCCUACCAUGUCGUCUGUUGUUCUCAUGCUCAAUAACAAUACUGUAACUCUUCCGGUUCCUUUGAAGCCUGCAUUUGUUGUUGGUGCAAGUAUGGUGCGGUUAGAUCAGGCCUCAACAGAUUCAGAUUUUCAUGCAAGUGAGUCGGAACAAUCUAACAGUACAGUGAGACCAUGUUCUGUAAAUGAGGUUUCGAUUACAGAAUUAGACCCUCGGUAAUACUGCUGAAUUAGACCAUUUAAUAGAUUGCCGAAUUAGACCAUCUGUAAGGAUUAUUCCUUGUUUGAGUACAUUCUUGGCUAAGAGCCACAAGUCAUUUAAUUUAUACCUGCUCGAAUGUCUUUGAAUUUGAACAAAGGAAGAUGAGCUUUUGGUGCCGUCA